AUGACUUACUACAGUAAUGAAUAUCAAAUCUGGAUAAGAGAGAGUGUAGAUGAACCCCCUGGUUCUAGAGACUGGUUCAUACAUCAGUUAAACACUCUGUCAAACUGCACCGUCUCACAGUGUUCUGUUUCUCACGAGUGUUGUUCUGUGAUUGUAGAGCCCCAUUUUCUUCAGAGAGUAACUGGUUGUGAACUAGAGAAAUCUCCUGAAGGAACAGUGAGUCUGAGAGCAUUUGAUGAAUAUGGGUUUGAUGGAGAUGAUUUUAUGUCCUUUGAUUCUGACACUCAGCAGUGGAUUGAGAAACACCCCAAAGCUAAAGAAACCAAAAUCAAAUGGGAUCAGCAAACAGAACGAAACCAAUUCCUGCAUCAUUACCUGAAGACCUGCACUGACUGGAUCUCCAGCUUUAACAACACAAAGAAGAAUUCACCAGAUGUUCAUGUGUUUGCGAGGAAAGCUCCUGAUGAUCACAGUAAGCUGGUUCUGAUCUGUCUGGUCACUGGUCUCUACCCCAGAGAUAUUGAGAUGAACAUCAGAUUGAACAGAAUUAAUAUUCAGAACCAAACAUCUUCUGGAGUCAGACACAAUAAUGAUGAAACCUUUCAGAUGAGAUCCAGUGUGAAGAUCGACAGAAACCACAGAGGAUCUUAUGACUGUCGUGUCAUUCACAGCAGUCUGACAGAACAAGUGUCAGUAGAAUGGGAUGGAACAUGUAUUGACUGUGAAACAGAAGUUCUAUGGUUUGUUAUAGCAGGACUAGCAGUUCUAGUUCUAGUUCUCGCUGUGAUUGGUUACUGCAUCUACAAAAAGAAAAAGUCAAAUGAUUACAGAUAUGGUUACGAUGAUGGUGGAGAGAGGAACAUGAUUACACCAGUUCAGUAAUGUUUUUUUGCACAGAGUUGACUGAACUGGGAUUAAUUUACUGUGGUUGAGGACACUGAUUACACAUUAAAAUGCACUGAGCUCUUCUGGAUAUGCAUAAAAUAUAGUAUGAUUUCAAUUUUUUAUUUUAUUGUUCCUUCAGAAUUUCAAACCUGUGUUGCUUCUAUUUGAAUAAGAAUACAUAAUUAUGACCAUUUAUGUGCCUUAAUGCUCAGUUGAAAUAUGAUGCUGCUUUUUCAUGUUUCUUCGAAGAAUCAAAAACAUAGCCUACCUAACAUGAGUUACAAGUGUAACAUAAUUCUCUAUUGUUGUUUUAGGCGAAAUGACAUUUAGGAGAUGAAAAGAAUUUAAAUGAAACAAGAGAUGCAAAAAGAAAGAGAUGCAAAGGACUGUUUUCAAACAGGUUUACUUCUCAUUUGGAUAUUAAUGUAAGUAUCAUUAGUUGAGACAAAUGUCUACACUAUUUAUGAGGUUAGAAUCCCACUGAAAAAUCACUUGAUGUCUAUUUCAAUUGAUUUAGAUGCAUUUAAUCUUUGCUCAAGAAAUACCACUAUUUCAUAAAAAUAUUCAUUUUUAUUUUAUUCUGCACUAUAAAAAUAAAAAAAGAUUCCGAGCUUAUCAGUAACAGUUCAACCUGGUAACUGGUUUAACAGGUUAACUGUAUGUAGUGAAAACAGUGGUGUAGUGGAGAGUAUACUGGGUAUAUAUCGACUAAUUAGAUUGCCAAGGCCUGCCCAAAAAUACAGUUCUGCCUACACCACUGCUGAGAACAAAAAAGGACAGUGUCCCUUAGAAAGUUCCAGCCUGAAAGAAAUAAUAUUAUGUGGAAAAUGUGUUUUAUACUAUAAGGUUGCCGUGAAGCUUUUACUGUGGACGGGUUACUGAAAUGAAGCCUACAGCAUCUGAAAGCAAGGUUGUUGUGGUUUUAUUAUCUGGUUUAACCAGAGUUUUAAAAACUGUGAUGUAUUGAGAUAAUGUAGCCUUUUUUGUAAUUACAUUACCAGGUUGAUGCCUGGCAUCUUAUUGUAGGGGUCAAUUUUCCGGGGACAGUCCCGGUUUUUAGUGUUCUGUUCCCGACUGAAGUUGUUCCUAGAAAUGUCCCCAUUUUACAGCACUUUCAAAACAACGGGCAAAUACACUGGAAAAGCCUGAGCUAUUUA